GUCAUCCUCCCUUUGUGCGUGUGUGGGGCUCAGUCAGUUUCGGCUGCGUUUUUUCAGUUUUUUUUUAUAAUUUUUCCCACGCUUCUUGCUAGAAACAUACAUAAAUUAAUUAUAUUAGAAGUACCCCCUUCUAGAAAUAUUGAAUGUCAUGUCUGUCGUAGCCAUCCAUGGAGUACCUGCGUAUUGGAAACUGGAUCGCUUGGUGGGCACUGUCUCGAAGGUAGUCAAGGGCCACUUCGAGGCGCUGAACUUUCAACACGGGAAGGGGGGCGUUAAGACCGCAUUCAUCCGAGUAUCUGAGAAAUUGGACCCGCUCCGAGUCGUGGAGAGCAUCAAUCGGCUGAACCUUCAUAAGUGCAAGCUUGUUGCGGUUAUACCAAAUAGUGUACCGGAUUUGCCGUUGUGUGCAAUGACGAAAAGGAAGGACAAGAAGAAGAAGGCAAGAGUGCCUCUAAAGGAUUUCAGUCCAGAGCAGAUUCUGGCGACAGUUCAUUCGGAAAUCCUCACAGAGCUUGUUACCAAGUAUACCGGCUUGAAUGAACUCAGCCAGAAGACAUCGCAUCGGCUGCUAGAUGACUUAGCAGAGACAAUAUUCAACAGGUUGAAACAUAUCAUUGAUACAAAUCCAUCCAGCUAUGAAAACUGCUUCAAGCUCAGCAGCUUGUAUAGGAAGGCGCACCCGCACUUCGGCGACUUCCAGAUGAUCCUGAUGGCGCUGCACCGCCUCGAGGACGCGGCCGGCAGCGCCAGGACCCAGGUGUCCGAGCAGGAGCUAUCCGCCUACAACAACAAGGCGCACGGUGAGUCGCAGACACAGGUCCCGUCAGUCAAGACACAGGUCCCGUCAGUCAAGACACAGGUCCCGUCAGUCAAGACACAGGUCCCAUCAGAAGGCGCACCCGCACUUCGGCGACUUCCAGAUGAUCCUGAUGGCGCUGCACCGCCUCGAGGACGCGGCCGGCAGCGCCAGGACCCAGGUGUCCGAGCAGGAGCUAUCCGCCUACAACAACAAGGCGCACGGUGAGUCGCAGACACAGGU